CCAAGCUGCCAGGACAUGCUACAGGCGUAGAGCAACGCUGCUCCUACCUCCUCGGACCCCUCAAAGGAUGUCGGAGAUAAAGAGUUGCAAAUAAUGAGGAUCGUGCGCCGCAUCUGGGGAGGGAUAGCAAAAAUCCGCUGCAAACCCCGGGAGCGGUGAAGCCGCCAAGAGGAUGCGGGAGCCUUUCAAAUACUAAUUAGGGGCCGCGACUGCAGGUUCGCCUUGGGGACAGAGGCAUCCAGGCUCCGGUGGUCGUGGCGUGUGGGGGAGAGGAGCACAGCGGAGGAACCGCCGCCGAAGCAGCCCGGGGGCCAGUACCACCUUCUCUCGCCCCCUCACUACCAUGUACAGUGUGCGCUGCAAGAAGAAGGCGGGCGAUGAACGCACACCCUCGAGCCCCACUCCCUCUGGUUCGUCCUGGGCCGUGCGACACUGACUAGGGGGGAAUGUGGUGAAGACGCCGACCCGGAGAGGCUAGGGGGGAGGGGAGGGCGGCCCGCGCGAUCCCAGGCCGGAGGGUGCCAAGAGCCCGAGGCGGCUGGAGGGGGCGGCUGCCAUCGCUGGGUCGGAGAAAGUUGCCCCCAGUGCAGAUGGGAACAGAGGUAAAAUGCACGUUUGCUGCCCCCCAGUAACUUUGGAACAGGACCUUCACAGAAAAAUGCAUAGCUGGAUGCUGCACACCCUAGCAUUUGCUGUAACAUCUCUCGUCCUCUCCUGUGCAGAAACCAUCGAUUAUUAUGGGGAAAUCUGUGACAAUGCAUGUCCUUGUGAGGAAAAGGACGGCAUUUUAACUGUGAGCUGUGAAAACCGGGGGAUCAUCAGUCUCUCUGAAAUUAGCCCUCCCCGUUUCCCCAUCUAUCACCUCUUAUUGUCUGGAAACCUUCUGAACCGCCUCUAUCCCAAUGAGUUUGUUAAUUACACUGGGGCUUCAAUUUUACAUCUGGGUAGCAAUGUUAUCCAAGACAUUGAGACCGGGGCUUUCCAUGGGCUGCGGGGUUUGAGGCGACUGCAUCUAAACAAUAAUAAAUUGGAACUUCUGCGAGACGAUACCUUUCUUGGCUUGGAGAACUUAGAGUACCUGCAAGUCGAUUACAAUUACAUCAGUGUCAUUGAACCCAAUGCUUUUGGGAAACUGCAUAUGCUGCAGGUGCUUAUCCUCAAUGACAACCUCUUGUCAGGUUUACCCAACAAUCUUUUCCGUUUUGUGCCCUUAACGCACUUGGACUUGCGGGGGAACAGGCUAAAACUUCUGCCCUAUGUGGGGCUGUUGCAACACAUGGAUAAAGUUGUGGAAUUACAGCUGGAGGAAAACCCCUGGAAUUGCUCAUGUGAACUAAUUUCUCUCAAGGAUUGGUUGGACAGCAUCUCCUACUCAGCCCUUGUGGGCGAUGUGGUCUGUGAGACCCCCUUCCGUUUACAUGGCAGGGAUUUGGAUGAGGUAUCCAAGCAGGAACUUUGUCCAAGGAAACUUAUUUCUGACUAUGAGAUGAGGCCACAGACUCCUUUAAGCACCACGGGGUAUCUACAUACCACCCCAGCUUCUGUAAACUCUGUGGCCACUUCUUCCUCUGCUGUUUACAAACCCCCUCUGAAGCCUCCCAAGGGGACCCGCCAGCCCAACAAACCCAGAGUGCGCCCCACCUCUAGGCAGCCCUCUAAAGACUUGGGCUACAGUAACUAUGGCCCCAGCAUAGCCUACCAGACCAAAUCCCCGGUGCCUUUGGAGUGUCCCACGGCAUGUACUUGCAACCUGCAGAUCUCUGAUCUGGGUCUCAAUGUCAACUGUCAAGAGCGCAAGAUCGAGAGCAUCGCAGAGCUGCAGCCCAAGCCCUACAAUCCCAAGAAAAUGUACCUAACAGAGAACUACAUCACUGUUGUGCGCAGAACAGACUUCCUGGAAGCCACUGGGCUAGACCUACUACACUUGGGGAACAACCGCAUCUCCAUGAUCCAGGACCGGGCUUUUGGGGAUCUAGGCAACCUGAGACGCCUCUAUCUGAAUGGCAACAGGAUUGAGAGGCUGAGCCCAGAGUUAUUCUAUGGCCUGCAGAGCCUGCAGUAUCUCUUCCUCCAGUACAAUCUCAUCCGUGAGAUCCAGUCUGGGACUUUUGAUCCAGUCCCAAAUCUCCAGCUGCUAUUCUUGAAUAACAACCAAUUGCAGGCCAUGCCUUCAGGUGUCUUCUCCGGCCUGACACUUCUCAGGCUAAACCUGAGGAGUAACAGCUUCACCUCCUUGCCAGUGAGUGGAGUUUUGGAUCAGCUGACUUCCCUCAUUCAAAUAGAUCUACAUGACAACCCUUGGGAUUGUACCUGUGAGGUGGUGGGCAUGAAGCUGUGGAUUGAGCAGCUCAAAGUGGGAGUGUUAGUGGACGAAGUGAUCUGUAAGGCGCCCAAGAAAUUCGCAGAGACCUACAUGCGCUCCAUCAAGUCUGAGCUGCUAUGUCCAGACUAUUCUGAUGUGGUGGUUUCCACGCCCACGCCCUCUUCCAUCCAGGUACCAUCCCGGACCAACGCAGCGACGCCGGCUGUGAAGUUAAAUAGCACUGGGACUCCGGCAGGCUUAGGUGCUGGUACGGGGGCUUCUUCAGUGCCCUUAUCUGUGUUGAUUCUCAGUCUGCUGCUGGUUUUCAUCAUGUCCGUCUUUGUGGCAGCAGGCCUUUUCGUGCUGGUCAUGAAACGUAGGAAAAAGAACCAGAGCGACCACACCAGUACCAACAACUCCGACGUGAGCUCUUUCAACAUGCAGUACAGCGUCUAUGGGGGUGGAGGCGGCGGCGGGGGUGGCCACCCACACGCACACGUGCACCAUCGCGGGUCUGCGCUGCCCAAAGUGAAGACUCCCGCGGGCCACGUGUAUGAAUACAUCCCUCACCCACUGGGCCACAUGUGCAAAAACCCCAUCUACCGGUCUCGAGAAGGCAAUUCCGUGGAGGAUUACAAAGACCUGCACGAGCUCAAGGUCACUUACAGCAGCAACCACCACCUGCAGCAGCAGCCGCCGCCGCCGCCGCAACAGCCCCAGCAGCAGCCCCCUCCGCAGCUGCAGCUGCAGCCUGGGGAGGAGGAGAGGCGGGAAAGCCACCACUUGAGGAGCCCCGCCUACAGCGUCAGCACCAUCGAGCCCCGAGAGGACCUACUGUCGCCAGUGCAGGACGCUGAUCGCUUUUACAGGGGUAUUCUAGAGCCAGACAAACACUGCUCCACUACCCCCGCAGGCAGCAGCCUCCCGGAAUACCCUAAAUUCCCAUGCAGCCCGGCUGCUUACACUUUCUCCCCAAACUAUGACCUGCGGCGCCCCCAUCAGUAUUUGCACCCUGGUGCAGGGGAGAGCAGGCUGCGGGAACCGGUGCUCUACAGCCCCCCGGGUGCUGUCUUUGUAGAACCGAACCGGAACGAGUACCUGGAGUUAAAAGCAAAACUCAAUGUUGAGCCGGACUACCUCGAAGUGCUGGAAAAACAGACCACAUUUAGUCAGUUCUAAAAACAAAGAAACUCUAUCGGAGCUUUUGCGUUUCGAACAAGCAAGCAAAGCAGACACACUCCACUCGGUGAACACAUUUGAUUAAUUGUGUCCUUUCCACAUUUAGGGCGAAGUGCCUUGGCACAGGAUUCUCAGCUUCGGUGGAAGCUAACUGAAAGGGUGUGCAAUUUCCUCUUAAUUUUACACGCGGGAAACAUUUGUGUAAAGUAGGCACAUCACUUUCUCUUCUUGUCUGUGGGGGAAGACAGAAGGGCUUUCUGGAGGGCGAUUUGCAUCAAGAGUGGCUGUGAACAGGUUGUGGUCCCUUUGGCAGAGCUCUGAAGCUCUAAGAAGGGUGCGGGUGGAAGCAGCUUAGAUUCUCCUCAUCCUUUGGCUCUUCUUUCACAGUUCUCUUCUCUUUAGAGCAUUGUCAUGGGUUGAGAGAUUCGCACACCCCAACGUUAAUAGGAAGUUUGUUCUCUCUCACUUCUCCCACCCCUCCCCCCUUCCCCCCUCAAUCCUUUCCUUUGUUUUUAAAGGAUGUGUUUGUAUGCAUUCUGGACGUUUGAAUUAAAAAAAAAAAUAUCUUGUGAUCCAGAAAGGCUCACUAUAGAUGUGGACAAAUCAUUAAAAUUACAGAGCUAUAUGAUCCAUAAUUGAUUAGUCAAAAUAACUUAUUGAUGAAAUAUACAAAUAUUUUAUUGUAGCACCUAUUUUUAUAUGCACAUUUAGCAUUCCUCUUUCCUUCACUAUUUAGCCUAUGAUUUUCACAGAGGCGUUCUUGCACUGUAUUAGGAGCUGCGUUUCCAAAACUAGAGUGAUAUCGGAAAGGCCUAUUAAAUAUUUAAACACGCGGAGCACUUAAUGGCAAAAGUCUUUAAAAGUACAUAAAACCCAUCCAAUGGGACCUGCAAUUAACAAAAAAACAAAACUAAAAAACAUGAAGCUGAUUGUAUCCCACUCCAUAAAGAGAAAAAAGAUGGGGCAGUGAAUUGGUUUGUUCGAUUGAGAAAUGUGGAGAAGGUUUUGGUUGUAUCCGAGAAGUUUGAAAAGUAUUUUCAUUAGUGAACCAAAAUGAUGUAUUGAUUUGACUACUAUUGUAGCCGAUUUUUUGAUUGUGUAACCAAACCCAGUUGCAUUUGUACAGAUCCACGUGCACUUGCACUUCAGAAGACCAAAAUGAUGGGCUGUACAAGUCUCUGUAUGAUGUCUUUAUCCCUCUGGGCAGACGCUAAUGACAAACAGGAUCUCUGUAAGACAGAACUACUAUUGUUACAGUCUCAUAUGUAUCCCAGCACAUGUAAUUUUUUAAAUAGUUUCUGAAUAAACACUUGAUAACUAUGUCAACUUUGAGGGAUUUAAGCAAUGAUUCCUUGAGAUGGUGGAACCACCCUUACUAACAAUUUAGGAACCAGUAGCUCUUUUCGUCCUAGUAAGAAUAAGUUACCUGUAUUAUAAAAAUUUCAAUGCAUACAUAUACAUAAAAUUUACCCAUUUGUUGGUCCCAAAAUUAUGAUAUUUUUCUGAAUGUCACCAAAUGUGUUUAUUUAUAAUAUUUUAAUUGUAUGUUUUCUCAUUGGAGUGUGAUUCUAGUACAUGCAUGGAUCAUGGUAAGUAAUAUGUUAAUUCUCAUUCUUCUAACACAGUUUUCUAUUUGCUGUGUAUGCAGCUUGAGGUCUUUCAAUCUUGUAUGAAAUAGCUCAUCAAUUUAGGAGGAUACCUUAUCUAAAGAAGAUGGCUGUCAUAAAUGUUUUAAGAUGUUUGUGGGGAUAAGCUGUGCACUUCUGAAAAAGGUUUUCCAGUGAGUUUAAAUGAGCAUUUAACGAGAGGAAAUGUUUGACUCAAUCUGAACUCAAAAAGCAAGCAGCACUUCAUUGCUAAGGCUGUUUCUCUGCCCCGCACGGUCCCACCUGGAACGUGGGCGAUAUCAAGGGCUGCUUAUGAACUUCCUGUUUAAGGAACAAUUGCCAGGGCAUUCUGCCACAAAGAGGCAGCAUUCACCCAUGAGUAAAUUGACAGUAACUAUUUCCAUUCAGAUUGAGAUGGUAGACACAAUUUCCC